ACUAUGUCAUCUCCGACAACAACUUCUGCAACAUCUUCAUCAACGUCUUCUGCAACAUCUUCAUCAACGUCUUCAUCUCCAACAACUACAACUUCUGCAACA